AUGCUCAUAACAAAAUCGCUUUUCUGGCUUCCGGGCGGGCCGGCCGCCGCCGAGCCGCCGCCGGACUCCCUUUACUUUCUAUCUAAAUCUAUUCUAUACUGGCCCGCCUGGUGCAUAAAUAGACGGGGCGGUGCUGCUAGGCAGCCCGUCCCGGACCCCGCUAAUCGAUUUGUUUUGCCGUUACGUCUUGCUGUGCCUACCCCAGCCCCGUCUUAUUUGUGCAAAUCUCCUGCUUGCAAUUCCACGAUUGCCCGCUCCGAUGUUUGUUUGCAUCUAGCAAGCCUGCCUUUCUCGGCGCGGUGCGCUUGCAUCUCACCGCGCCGGGAAUGGCUGGCGCCGCGUGGCCUUCGGCCAGCGUUUCCCCCGAAGGCUGAGCGGAAAAAUUUUGUUUCGUCCCGCGAGUAUCGUGCGGCCUCACACGGCCACAUCUGCUGGCUGGCACGGUUUUUUUAUUUAAAGAAGGCCGUAAAAGCCACUGGCUAG